GCAGGUGCCGAGCAAAGCAGCGAAAUUGAUUCUCGUCCCACAGUUCGGCACGCAGAAACAACAGCGAAUUGGAGAAGGCACACAAGCUAUACGGUACAGGACACGCAACGCUAGAACGUCCGCGUCAUGGCCUCUUCCGUGGCCCAGCUGCGAGUGAGCGUUCCCUGCCAAUUUCCUUCUUGCGAGGAACUCGGCAAGGCGGCCACUCAUCGGAGCGACCCAAACACUACGAGCGUGCUCGCCGACAGAUCGCCGGCGGGCGGAAGGACCGCGUGGUAUCGGUACGGCAUCUUCGUGUCCUCGCUGACUCUGGUGACGCUGGCGCUGGGGUUCGGACUGUCGCAUCUGUUGCGGCGGCAGCUCUUCGGCUGCAUGGACCCCGGCUGCUUCGAGGUGGCCACCACGCUGGGCAGCUCGCUGCAGGAUGCGCGCGGAGACCCCUGCGAGGACUUCUACGGCUUCGUGUGCGGCGGUUGGCAGCGCUCCAAUCCAGCGGCCGCCAACCACUUCCAGGCUCUUCAGCAGCGCGUAGCUCUGGCGGCCAUCGUCAGCCUGAUGCUGGAAGACGCAGACGGGCCCAAACUCACGGAUCGGGUGGCACGCCUCUUCCAGCGCUGCGCGCAGCUGGCGUUCAACGAGCAGCACCGACUGGGCGAGCUGCGAGAAUUUUUGGCGCGCUUCAAUCUCAGCUGGCCCAUGUCCCAACCCAGGUCCAAGUUGGAUAUCCUGGACACAUUGGUGGGCCUCUCCCUGGACUGGGGCGUGCCGGUGUUCUUCCACCUGAGCGUUGACGCGUACUUCAAGCGCCGGGGCUUCCGCAUCUUGCACUUCAGCAGCAACCCUUACUUGCUCGAGUGGUUUGUGGCGCGCAAUGGUCUCCAGGAGAAGGGGACGCUGCUCGAGUACUUCAACAGGGCCUCGAUCAUACUCAACGGCUCGGCCGCAUGUCCGGAAACCGUGGAGAAGGUGCUCCUACUGGACAAUCGAGUACUAUCCGCAGUGGUGCCUUCGCUGAUGGAUCCACGACCUGACUUUGACAUGGAGUACGUUACUUUCCGUCAGCUGGACUUCAUCACCGGCCCUCACCUGUCCGCGGCAGAAUGGUUGCAAGCUUACAUCUGA